AUUAUAAAGAAAUAUGGGAUGCAUGAUGUGUAAUAAAAAGAAAUCGCGGGAAAAUGCAAAGAUUAUGGCGAGUUACUUACUGCAGGUCUGGCCCCGACCAGCGGCCAUGAUGCUCAGUCUUUCCCCGGGAGCCGCAGCCAGAUACGCACCAUGACCAGCAAGGUGAGCCGCGACACGCUCUACGAGUGUGUCAACGCCGCCCUUCAGGGCUCUAAGGACAACAAGAGGCGCUUCAGGGAGACUGUGGAGCUGCAGAUUGGCCUGAAGAACUAUGACCCCCAAAAGGACAAGCGUUUCAGUGGCACUGUGAAGUUGAAGCACAUUCCCAAGCCAAAGAUGAAGGUAUGCGUUCUUGGGGACCAGAUGCACAUAGAUGAAGCGGGUGAAAAUGAUUUACCAUGCAUGUCGGCUGAUGACCUCAAGAAGCUAAACAAGGACAAGAAACUUGUUAAAAAACUAGCCAAGAAAUAUGAUGCUUUUAUUGCAUCUGAUGCCCUGAUUAAGCAGAUUCCUCGUCUGUUGGGUCCUGGUCUUAACAAGGCCGGCAAGUUCCCUACUAUGUGCACUCACUCUGAAAAGCUGAGUGACAAGGUUGAUGAAAUAAAGGCCACUAUCAAGUUCCAGAUGAAAAAGGUGUUGUGCUUGUCAGUUGCAAUUGGCCAUGUGGAUAUGAAUGCUGAUGAGCUGGUUCAGAACAUCUACCUUGCAAUGAACUUCUUGGUAUCGCUUCUUAAAAAGCAUUGGCAAAAUGUUCGUUCCCUUCAUAUAAAGUCUACAAUGGGGAAACCCCAACGUCUGUAUUAAGCUAAUAAAUAGCAGCAGGUUA